CUGCAAUCGCUUCCUGUAUGGAUGUAAAUGGGGACAUGACACAGUCGUUUAGAGCUGUAAAAUUCAAAAUAAUACUUUCGCAGGAUUUUUUCCAAGUACUUGAACGCUAUAAUACUAUUCUACUUUAGUCGGCUCAGCGAAAUCAGCGGCUGCGAUGGAAGCCGUGCCGCGAAUGCCGAUGAUUUGGCUGGAUCUAAAGGAGGCAGGAGAGUUUCAGUUCAGCCCGACUGUCAAACAGUUCAUACUGAAGAACUAUGGGGAAAAUCCUGACAAUUAUAAUGAGCAGUUGAAGAAACUGGAGCAACUCAGACAGAGUGCUGUGAAUGUCACACGUGACUUUGAGGGCUGCAGUACCUUAAGGAAGUACUUCGGGCAGCUGCAUUAUAUUCAGAGUCGUGUGCCUCUGGGAUUUGGGCAGGAAGCUGCUGUCCCUAUCUCCUGGACAGAGAUAUUUUCUGGAAAGACAGUGACCCAUGAUGACAUCUGCUACGAGCAGGCCUGCAUCCUUUAUAAUUUGGGAGCACUCCAUUCAAUGUUGGGAGCCAUGGACAACAGGGUGUCUGAAGAGGGAAUGAAAGUAUCUUGCACACACUUUCAGUGCUCAGCUGGAGCGUUCACCUACCUGCGUGAUCACUUCAGUCACAACUUCAGCGUGGACAUGAGUCACCAGAUCCUUAAUCUCAACAUCAACCUCAUGCUGGGUCAGGCCCAAGAGUGCCUGUUGGAAAAAUCUAUGUUGGACAACCGGAAGAGCUUCCUUGUUGCACGGAUAAGUGCCCAGGUGGUGGACUAUUACAAAGAGGCUUGCAGAGCUCUGGAGAACUCAGAAACGGUUUCAAUGUUAGGAAAGAUACAGAAAGACUGGAAGAAAUUAGUGCAAAUGAAGAUUUACUACUUUGCUGCAGUUGCUCAUUUGCACAUGGGGAAACAGGCUGAAGAGCAGCAGAAGUAUGGAGAGAGGGUUGCUUACCUUCAAAGCUCACUAGACAAACUCAGCGAAGCAAUUAAGAUGGCUAAGGGUCAGCCAGACAGUGUACAGGAAGCCCUUAGAUUUACCAUGGAUGUCAUUGGGGGAAAAUUUAAUUCUGCCAAAAAAGACAAUGACUUCAUUUACCAUGAAUCUGUGCCAUCUCUGGAGACAUUGACCUCAGUGAAAGGUGCCCCAUUGGUGAAAGCUUUGCCUGUAAACCCAACAGAUCCUAGUGUCACUGGCCCAGACAUUUUUGCAAAGCUGGUGCCAAUGGCUGCCCACGAGGCCUCCUCUCUUUACAGUGAAGAGAAGGCCAAGCUGCUACGGGAUGUUAUGGCAAAAAUAGAUGGCAAGAGUGAGACAUUAGAGCAAUUCAUGGACUCUCUGGGUCUGGACCCAGAGUCAGUGGACAAUUUGGAGAUGUAUAAUACCCUCCCCUCUGUGCUGAUGGAAAAAUGUGCUGCGUUGAGUGUGAGACCAGACACUGUAAAAAACCUCAUCCAAUCAAUGCAGGUCCUCUCAGGUGUGUUCACUGAUGUGGAAGCCUCUCUGCGCGAGAUUCGAGAUGUGUUAGAUGAGGAUGAGGCAGAGGAGAGAAGACUAGAAGAAGCUGCUGGGAAGCAGGCUAUACCAGAUCGGCCCUCAACCCUGGCCGAGCUGCGGAGGGACUUGGAAAAGUAUUUGGAAGCUCACGAGAAAGCCAGCUUCACCAACACAGAACUUCAUCGGGCCAUGAAUCUGCACAUCAGCAAUCUGAGACUCCUCGGUGGACCACUAGACACUCUUAGAGAGGCAUUGCCGAGACCUCAACUUAGUGAGGAUGAGAUGGCAGGUAUCCAGACUAUGAAGAGAAUUCUGAGUAAAGUGCAAGAAAUGCGGGACCAACGAAGCUCAUUGGAGAAGCAGAUUAGAGACCUCAUUCAGCAGGACGACAUCACUACUGCUCUGGUCACAACUGAACGUGCUGACAUGAAGAAACUGUUUGAGGAGCAGCUUAAGAAGUAUGAGCAGGUGAAAGUAUACAUUGAUCAGAACCUGGCAGCUCAAGAGAAUAUCCUGAAGGCACUGACAGAGGCUAAUGUACAGUAUGCCACUGUGCGCAAGGGCCUGACAGAAACCGAACACAAAUGGAACAGCACUGUACAGAUGCUUGUGGCCUCUUAUGAGGCCUAUGAAGACCUAAUGAAGAAAUCUCAGGAGGGCAAAGAAUUCUAUGAGGAUCUGGAAACAAAGUCCUCUCGCUUAUUAGAGAGAGCCAAGACUGUCUGCAAGGCCCGAAAGGAGGAGAGACAAACCAUUAUGGAAAGAGAGCUAAAGAAAAAGGCUCCCCAAAGACCCACUGCCCCAAAGCCUCCCCAGAAGAAAGGCCAAAAUGUAGAUCCUGCCAACUCCGAAGACCCUGAACUGGCAGAGCUGAGUGCUGCUAUCCUAGCCCUUGGUGGAGAUCUCCCAGAAGAGUUACGCAGCCUUCCUCCUGAACUCGCGAUUCCACCAUCUGGUCAUCCUGCAACACUUUCCGGGGCUGCUGCUAGCUCUAUUCUGCGCUGGCCUGGAGCUAGCUCAGCAUUACUCUUUGCACAACCCCGAUUUCCACCAAAUUUACCGCCUCCUGAAGUUCUUGCUCAAAUCUCCCAUUUUCCACCUCAGAGUUUCACACAGCAACAGUUCCCACAGAUGCCCAACCCUCGGGUCCUUCCACCACCACCUGUGUCUGGGUACUGCCCUCCAUCUUCUCAGAACCAACCUAGCCCACAAAUUACUCCAGUCCGACCUUCCACCACUACAGUUGAUAGUGUACAGACACCUAUUCCUAGUUACAAUCCUGCAUCUGCCCAGGCAGUUAUGCCUCCUCCUGGCCAUCACCAACCGGUGUCAUCAGUGUAUGCAGCUCCACCUCAGAUGGCACCCCAUGUCCAGUACAUGCAACAACCUGGUGUUCCCAUGGGUCAUACUCCACAAGCAAUGCCAGCCCGUCAUCCACAGCCUCAAACUCGGCCCCAGCAGGUAUUUGCUCAACAAGGUGGUCAAAGCCAACCACAGCCAUUUUACCCAUCUGUACCAACUCAACAAAUUCCAAGACCUUCGACUAGGCCACAGCACACUCAGCCUCAAUUCCCACAGUACAUAGCCCAAAUAAGACAACCAGGACCACCAAACUUUCAGCAACCUCAAAUCCAAGGACAGUUUGGAGCUCCAGCCACCCAUGUGCAGCCUCAUCAGGGUUACUCUCCUGUCUCGUUUGUUCCGAAUUCACAACCUCCUCAAGGUAACACUGUCACCCCAGGCCAAAUGUCACAUCCAGGCAUACCUCCACAGAUGCAACAAUCCCCCCAACCAAUGCCUCCUAUGUCAAUGCCACACUUAGCUCAUGUUAAUCAGCAAAUGCCUCCGUCCUCCCAACCAAUACCCUCUAUGCCAAUGCCACACUUAGCACAUGUCAAUCAACAGAUUCCCCCUGCUUCCCAGACACCUUCCAUCAUCAAUCAGUUGCCCCAUGCUCCUCACCCUCAGAUACACCCAUCCUCUCAUCAUUUAGGCCCUGCACCCCAUAUGCAGAUACCUCCUUCCCAGCAACCACAAAUGCUUGCGCCAUCCACUCACAUGUCUCCUCCAUCUCACCCACAAAUGCCUGCAGUCUCCCAACCGUUAUCUCACUGCCCCCAGUCCCAGAUAAUCCCUACUCAUCAAUCCAACCAACAGCCAGCAUACCCAGUAGUCCCUCUGAGGGCUACUGUUCCUGUUCAACCUCAGGUACCCCAUAGCCCACACUCAUCACAUGUACAAAUGCACCCCAGCACUCCUUUACAACAUCAAAACCACCCUCAUCCUCAAAUCCUUCCCCAGUCCUGUCCUCCAGCACUCACCCACAAUAUCUACAAACCUCAGUCAACCAUUCCUUCUAGCUCUGCACCUUUGAGUUUUCCAGGAGGUAUCCCUAUGGUUCCCAACCAGACCGUGGCCUCUCUGCAACCUCAAUCCCAGCCACCUACUUCACAGCCUUUAGCCCCACAACAGCUACCUCCAGGAGGCCCAGUAUCUUAUUCUGUUCCACAAGGUGGAAACGUUCCUCCUGGACCAAUGCAGCAUCCUGUAGCUGCUGCUCCCCCAGGGCCUCAAAGCAUGAUACCUUCAUCCUCAGGGGCACCAGGGGCACCACAGCCUCAUGUGCUACCUUCUCCUGCCCCAUCACCUUCUCCCUCUCCUGGUCCUCCAUCCCUUGGUAUGGUCACCCAGCGACCAUCUCCUGCUCUUACCCCAGUUGGAGGAGCAGCAUUGCCGCCGCAGUCCUCAGUUCAGGCUCCAACUCCCACUGGUCCCAUAGCUCCACCUGACUCCACUUUGUUUCAGCGACAGAACUCUAGAACUGAUGACUUGCUUUCCUCAAGCCCUGAGAGCCAGCAUGGAGGCACCAAGGACACCGCCAAUGUCUUACUACCCACCAAAGCUGACCCUCAGGAGGAACAUUACAGAAAGAAAGCAGAGGGUGUGAGACUCAUUCAGGGAGACCCUUACCAAGCACCAGAGAGGGUCUCAAAACUCAGUGCACAGCUAGAACGGUUUCGAUCAAGAGUUCAAUCCUUAGAGCGCCCAACAGGGAAGAGAGGUCUGUCAGAACUUGAUAUUCAAUGGAAAGAACUGCAGGAGCAACAGGAGAAGGAUACUCGCCAGCUCUCUAUUGCCAUUGCUCGUUGCUAUACCAUGAAGAACCGCCAUCAAGAUGUGAUGCCUUAUGACUGCAAUCGUGUUGUCUUGAGCUCUGGUAAAGAUGAUUACGUCAAUGCCAGUUUCAUUGAGGACCUAUCUGCAUAUUGCCCCCGGCUCAUUGCAACACAGGCUCCCCUCACUGGCACCGCAGCGGACUUCUGGCUCAUGGUUUAUGAGCAGAAGGUUUCUGUCAUCGUCAUGCUAGUGUCUGAGCAAGAACUGGAGAAGCAAAAGGUGUUGCGUUACUUUCCAUCAGAGAGAGGCCAACAACUUGCUCAGGGUCCAAUCACCCUUACCAUGACCACCCAGAAGAGCACUCCAACUCAUAUAGAGCGCAUGAUAGGACUACAGUAUCGGGACCAGAGUCUCAGACGCACUGUUGCACACCUCCAGUUUACUUCGUGGCCUGAACUGGGCCUUCCAGAGAGUAAAAGCAACCUCAUCGGUUUCAUUCAAGAAGUCCAUGGACAUUACCUGCUUCAGCGCCCGCUACACACUCCAGUUGUGGUGCAUUGCAGCUCUGGUGUUGGCCGUACAGGCGCCUUCUGUCUGCUUUAUGCAGCACUGCAAGAAAUUGAAGCUGGCAAUGGUAUACCUGACUUGAUCCAACUGGUGAGGAAGAUGAGGCAGCAGAGGAAGAACAUGCUUCAAGAAAAGCUUCACCUCAAAUUUUGCUAUGAGGCUGUUCUUAAACAUACAGAGCAGGUUCUGCAACGCCAUGGCAUCAUAAUGUCCCCUUGCACUAGGACCCCAAACAACAUUGCAUUGAAGUCAUACCCACGACAGGAAUCUCAAGACAUUGUCCUGGGAGGAGACAUGCCUAUUAGCUCCAUACAGGCCACUGUAGCCAAACUAAGCAUUCGACCUCCCAGUAUUGACCAUGAACAAGAGCCCAGCCAAGACCAGAUUCCCUUUGCCUCUGAAGCGGCAAGCAUAGGGGAACCAGAUCCUACAGAUAUGCCACUUCAGCCUUCUCAGGACCCUCUUUAUUAUGAAGCGAUGCCUGAUUCCAUCAGUCCCCCCCUCUCUUGCACUUCUUCUCCAGGCAAGACGCAGUCACCAUCACCUCCUAGCGGCCACGGGAAUGGGUUCACUGGGUCCACUCCUGUCUCCCCGGUCUCAAAUCAUCACCCUUCCACUGAAGCUGCGCCUCAUGCUCCCUCGCCACCCACCACCUCAUCUUUAGACCUGCUGGCUUCUCUCACACCUGAAGCCUUCACGCUGGACAGUGCCCAUCGAGGAAAACAGAGGAUUAACAAACAAAGCUUCCUUCACCCACAAGAAGGCAAAGGCCUCCAGGGACCUCCAGAGGGCGACGAUCCACUCAGUAGUUUGGAUCCUCUCUGGACACUCAACAAAAGCUGAAGCAAACAACAGAACUCUCUUUUAUCUUCUCCACCACAGGCAGUCCUCUUAUGAACCGUUUCUGACCCCAUGUAACACCUUGUCCUUGUUCAUGCCUCUUGAACCUCAUCACUGUCUGUUUGCUUGUGUCCUAAGUCUUUUUAGUUGGCAGUUUUCCAGCACUGAUCCUGCUGUUUCAGGUUACAUUCCAUAAAUCCAGUCUUGUCUCCUAGCAUGCACUCCUAAUGCCAUGGUGUUUGUGAUUGCCUGUAAGGUGCCUGAGUUUUGGUUCUUCUGCAGUGGGCAUCUGCCUCUACAUCAAAAAUGGAAACACUGAGAAUGGAAACAGUGUGAUAGAAACUGACAUCCAAGCUACAAUUGUCAUUAUCAAAAAAACAUAUUAACAGUCUCAUUGAGCGACUAUCUGCUCGCCCUUUGUACACAUGCUGCUUGCGCUGUGGGUCGUAUAUUAUUAGUUACUGCACCUGUCUUUGAGCUAGAGUGAUCUGCAACUUAUAUGUAGGGACAAAUCGAAGAUGGUGAUGAAAAUACUACUUGAUAUGACUUGAUGUACUCGUUAUAUUUAAAACACUUACAUUUCUGAAUCGCCUCAGAAAUCAUAGCAUUUUUAUGAGUUGAUUCUAACUUGUGAUUCUUUGAACUGUGUAAAUAAAUCUUAACAAAUGUCAGUA